AUGCAGGUACUCAUGAUGCUGCUGGCCACAGGGGCCACCUACUACCUGGGCCUGCUGGCAGCAGCUGCAACAGCCGUCAACCCUGGCCGACCUGACACCCCUGGCUCACUGCCCGCUCACCGGCGCCAGAAGAGAGACUGGAUCUGGAAUCAGAUGCACAUUGACGAAGAGAGAAAUGACUCGCUGCCCCAUUACGUGGGCAAGGUUAAAUCGAGUGUGAACCGCAAAAAUGCCGAGUACCAGCUCAGAGGAGAGUCUGCCGGCAAGGUCUUCCGCGUCGACGAGAACACAGGAGACGUGUAUGCCUUAGAGAGGCUGGACAGGGAGAAGGUCUCUGAGUACCACCUCACUGCCCUCGUGGUGGACAAGGGCACCAAGACGAACCUGGAGGCUCCUUCCAGCUUCACCAUCAAAGUCCACGACGUCAACGAUAACUGGCCUGUGUUCACCCACCGGGUGUUCAAUGCCUCCGUGCCCGAGAUGUCAGGGAUAGGGACCUCGGUCAUCCAGGUGACUGCAGUGGAUGCAGACGACCCCACGGUGGCAGACCACGCCUCUGUCGUGUACCAGCUCACGAAGGGAAAAGAAAACUUCGACAUCCGUAACAUGGUUCCUGACAGGACACAUUUUGCAGGACUCAUUGUCACCAUGAACAAAAACCUGGACCGAGAGAUGCAGGACAAGUACGAGGUUGUGGUGGAAGCAGAAGAUGCCCAGGGCCGCCGGGGGGAGUCAGGCACAGCCACCGUGUUCAUCACUCUGCAGGACGUCAACGACAACUUCCCCAUCUUCACCCAGACCAGGUACACGUUUUCUGUGCCAGAAGACAUCCGUGUGGGCAGCCCCCUGGGCUCUCUGUUUGUUGAGGACCCAGACGAGCCCCAAAACCGGAAGACCAAGUACAGCUUCGUGCAGGGCGCGUACAGGGACACCUUCACCAUCGAGACGGACCCCACCCACAACGAGGGCAUCAUCAAGCCCAUAAAGCCCCUGGACUAUGAACGCAUCCGGCAAUACAGCUUCACCAUCGAGGCCACAGACCCCACCAUUGACCUCCGCUACCUGGGCAGCACCUCCCCCAAGAACAUCGCCCGUGUCAUUAUCAACGUCACAGACGUGGAUGAGCCCCCCAUCUUCCAGCAGCCUUUUUACCACUUCCAGCUGCAGGAGAACCAGAAGAAGCCUCUGAUUGGCUCAGUGCUGGCCAAGGACCCUGACGCUGCUCAACGGGACAUCAGGUACUCCAUCCGUAGGACCAGUGACAAGGGCCAGUUCUUCGGAAUAACCAAGAAAGGGGAUAUUUACAAUGACAAAGAACUGGACAGAGAAGUGCACCCUUGGUACAACCUGACAGUGGAAGCCAAAGAGGUGGAUCCUAGUGGGACUCCCACGGGCAAAGAAUCCAUCGUGCAGGUCCACAUUGAAGUUAUGGAUGAGAAUGACAACGCCCCAGAGUUUGCCAAGCCCUAUGAGCCCAAAGUGUGUGAGAAUGCCCCCCAGGGCAAGCUGGUCGUGCAAAUCUCGGCAAUAGACAAGGAUAUAACACCACGAGAUGUGAAGUUCAAGUUCUCCCUGAGCACUGAGGACAGCAACUUCACCCUCAUUGAUAAUCACGAUAACACGGCCAACAUCAUAGUCAAGUACGGGUAUUUUGACCGGGAGCGUGCCAAGGUCCACCACCUGCCCGUGCUCAUCUCAGACAAUGGGAGGCCCAGCCUCACAGGCACCAGCAUGCUGCACGUGACCGUGUGCAAAUGCAACGAACAGGGCGAGUUCACCUUGUGUGAGGAGAUGGCCGCCCAGGCAGGCAUCAGCAUCCAGGCGCUGGUCGCUAUCUUCCUCUGCAUCCUCACCAUCGCAGUGAUCACCCUGCUCAUCAUUCUGCGGAGGCGGCUCCGGAAGCAGGCCCGCGCCCACGGCAAGAGCGUGCCGGAGAUCCACGAGCAGCUGGUCACCUACGAUGAGGAGGGCGGCGGCGAGAUGGACACCACCAGCUACGAUGUGUCGGUGCUCAACUCAGCGCGCCACAGCGGGGCCAAGCCCCCGCGCCCGGCGCUGGACGCGCGGCCGCCCCUCUACGCUCAGGUGCAGAAGCCACCGCGGCAAGCGCCCGGGGCGCACGUGCCCGGGGAGAUGGCCACGAUGAUCGAGGUGAAGAAGGACGAGGCGGACCACGACGGCGGCGGCCCGCCCUACGACACGCUGCACAUCUACGGCUACGAGGGCGCCGAGUCCAUCGCCGAGUCCCUCAGCUCCCUGGGCACGGGCUCAUCGGGCUCGGACAUUGACUACGACUUUCUCAACGACUGGGGGCCCAGGUUCAAGAUGCUGGCCGAGCUGUACGGCUCGGACCCCCAGGAGGAGCUGGUCUAUUAG